GUGGCGACCCUCGAGAACAAUCUUGCCAGUGACUCUCUCGCAGUAGCCAAAACGAAAGCAGAGUCCACCAAAAUGCAUGAGACACUGAAGAAGCUGGAAGAGGACAUACUCCAGCGAAACGAUCUGGUUAAUAAAUUGGAAACGGAAAUACAUCACUCUAAUAUUGCUGUCCAACGUCAGCAGGCAAAGAUUGAUACGCUGAACAAGAAGCUGGAGCAACUGGUUCGUGAUAGGGGGGGUGUCGAAUUGGGACCACUGGAGAUCAUGCUAAAUCAUUUGACUAAAGGCAUCGCUGCGAAGAAUGAUGAGAUCGGUUCGUUGGAACAACAAUGGCUCAAGGAGCAGACUGAUCUGGUGAAGCAUCAAGAAAAUAAGUUAGCUGAGGAGGACUUUGUGCGUGCUCUGAGGGAAAAGGAACAGGAGACGGUGGAAAUGCAGUCAAAACUGGACGCCGUGAUUAAGGAGAAGGAAGAACUGCUAAGCGAACUCAUCGAAACAGAGUAA